AUGGUACUUCGUCAUUCCCAGCGUCUCCUCAAUUUAAAGGUGGCAGCAGCCCCUCAGGCUCUCCCCCGAGUCAUUAGUUCGCCUACCACCACCCUGCCUGCAGCUUCCUCCUCCUCCUCAACGAAUUCUGCCUCUGAGGAGCCUGUUUGGCCUCCCAUUUUCGAAAACUACUGUGCAGAAACCUUUGCAGCCAAUCUUGAUCCUUACGACUUGGACCCGCUCUCCGAAGAUCUAAACUGGGCCCUGCCAAUUCCCUUGCUUAUCAUGCCCCCAGACAUCCUGCAGAUUGAUCUGUUGUGGACGCUGAUUAUUAACAGUCGGGCUUUUCAUCGUCUGGUAACAUAUGAUCCCGAGGAUCAUUGCCUGACAGCAUACGCCUAUCCUGGUACAUUUAUACCCUCAGAGCACUGCAUUCAAUAUUUACCAUAUGAAUGCCUAGUGGAUUUUUUUGCUAAGGCGGCUACCAAGGGUCUGAAGACACCAUCCUGCAUCUGUGGACCUCUCAGUGGACAAUGGGAAGUGUAUACUCCUACGAUACUACAGAAAAUGUCGAUGACAUGCCAACAAGUGGAAAAUCAUGGUGAACUGGCUUUCUUUUGUGCCAAAGGCAAUAAUGGAUGUCGUUGGUGGCAACCUGUCGUGCACUUGUUUGCAAAUAACCAAGGACCAACUGAUGUACAGCCUUGCCUUGAAGAGGACGAGUUUGUUGGAUUCAGAACCAAGGACCUGCAUGAGUUCGCUGCAGCUUCCCCUCCACCCUGGAGUUUGACAAACCUUGAUGGCUCCCUACCCUCUCUGCCAUCCUUGACUGAGAGUACAAUCAGUCCAUUGCAUUCUGUUCGCUCCAUUGGGUCAGACACUGCACAGUCCCCUCUCGUUCGUGCUCUUGAUGUGGCCUUCGCAGUCAAUAGCAAGCAUCCUGCAUCCUCUCCACUGCUUUCAGGUAUCUCUAAAAAGUUUCGAGCUUCAGGAGCCUUGGAAAAAGGCCGCACACCUAACGACUCCAGUCCCAUGUAUAAAAAGAUGGUGUCUUCGAAAAAAAAGUACCAGCUGAGGCCAGCAUCUUUUCCCGUGGAUCUGGCUUCGCCAAGUUUAAACUUCGAAGGUGGUACUCCAGGAAAGCGGACUCCUGGUGACAGUAUUUUAGAUGUGUCUGCCACAGUUUCCGAUGACCAUUUCUUCAAUUUAGACCAAGACAAGACGUCCAGCGAGAAUUGGGCAAAAAAGUCAUACCGUCUUACUGCACCAUGCCCAUGCUCGAAGGGGGAAGGACCAUCCAAUGAAUCCCCAACCCCAGUGUCGCCGAUGCCAAACGCAGAUGUCAUCGAGCUUACUGAUGAGUCCAGUGAUGAAAACGAGCGAGUACCUACUCCCAGACUCAAAAGCCCGUCACAGGAGGUGAUCGAAAUAAUGGAUGGCUCCUCAGAGGGAGAUCUUGACGAUGUGGAGGUUGAUGAACUUGACGAUGUGGAGAGUCCGACUGUGGCUAACCAGACGUCGACUGAAGUCAUUGAGAUCUCUGACAACUCAGAGUCGGACAAUGAAAAACAAGAGGAGGCUAAUUGGUUCCAACGCCACAGCAAAAUCCCUGAGGCCACGUUGGAGAGAAACAAGGAUGCUCUCCUCUCUCCGGAAGGCAUAACUUUAGAAUUACUCCUGAAAAACCUGACUAGGUGCACAUAUUGCAAGGCCUACUAUCUCGUCAUCCACUGUAGUGGAGGGCACCAAUGUUCCGUGAAAAAUUCUAUACAGCGGAGAAAUUCUCCCUUUCUUGGUAGUGGUCUGGGUAUCACAGUAAUUCUUGAUCUAGGUGUCAAUUUAAGUCAGUUCACACGGAAAUUUUUCUUUGAGGUAUUUGCGCCCCUCGAUAAGCCCGGUCUACCAGGAAUCCUGGAGUUACCAGAAUUGGAUCUAGUUGUACUGGUUCACGAUGGAGAGGACUGGGACUCCCUAUUCAUGCCAAAGUUGGUUCUCAUGUACGAAAACGGAAUGAGUGUUACAGAGUUGGUGAAGUCUCGGGUAGAAGGUUACCAUGUCUAUUAUCAUUAUCAGGAUGCAGUAAUCAAGGUCGCUGAAACCAGCGGAAGUCGGUUAUACAGUAAAAUAUUUGCACUGCCUUUGGCUGUCAGUGGUUUCUCACCGGUGGCCCUGGCAAGCAUAUCGAUAUCUGCUAUGCCGACAUCUGCUACAACUUCAACCCUAUCUUCAACAGUGAUCCCAACAGCACCCUCUGGCUAUCAAGCUCUCCCAUUGGAAAUCCUGGAAGAAGUCUGCUUGCUCUGUGAUCCACAAACACGACUGUCGCUUCGAGUUGUUGAUAGAAGUUCCAGAAUCGUCGCCAGUCGUCACACCCAUAGGCGUCUAAAGCUCUCUUUACCCCCCAAUUGGCAGUCAAAAAAGACACCAUCCCCCUCGAAGUUCUCAGUUGCCUGCUUCGACGAGGAACUAGUGAUGGCUAUAUUCAUAUGGAUGUGGUUCGUUGGUCAAAGGGCCGUAUCAUUUUCCCUCACCAAUUAUUCCAUGAUGAAUAACACCGCAUUCUUCAUGAGACUCCUCCCCCGUUUGGAAACCCUUAUCAUUCAAGGAGUCCAAUGUCUGGCUGUCAACAACCCUCGGAUUCACUUCCCAUACAUCUGCCCCCAUCAUAUUCAGCACUUAGUCCUUCGUAAUGUCAUCUUUGUGGAUGUUGGAGUGUCAGCUCAUGCCGUGGAGAGCUUGAUGGCACCGGGAAUGGAGCUACGGACAGUGGAGAUCAACAACGUCAUUCAUGGUCAUACACCUGUCUCCAUUCCUAACCCCUCGCCGCUUCUGGUAUCUCGUUGGAGAGAGCGAUGGGGACUAUCCCCGGCAUGGGGUCCCAGCCCUACCUCACUCAAGCUCUUUCGGAUGGUACUUCUGGCUCCAAAUUUCCAAAAGUUGUCGAACACUGGCCCCCGUCCUAAUGGUAGACCACCAUUAGAAAAUUUUCAGUGCCUGGUCAGGCAACUUUUCCGUCUCCCCCAUGGUCACAUGGAGCUAGCACCGUAUCUGGAGGACAAUGAAAUCUACCCCUGUUCAUUUCCCACGACACACUUGACACAGCUGGAUCUGGGUUUGACAGAGGAAGUUCUGUCUUUGGGACGUCCUAUCUUGCGCCAAGUCGCUAAUACUCUCCUGUAUUUGAGGCUCCGACUAUGUACGAGCUCAGUUUUGCAUGUGCGCAUGUAUAUUGUACUGACUAACCUUCUAGCAGCCAGUCAGACAUUCUUGCCUAUUGACUGGGAUUCCCCAACAGAAUACAUAUCCAUGAGGGAUCUCCAAGUACUGCAAGAAUUUGUACUCAUCACACCUCUGAGCAAUUUGUCAUAUGGUCUCAAAACAGCGCAGAGCUGGUGGUCUCAAAGCAAGUUCCAGUCAUGGACGUCUUUUGAACUUAUAAUCAAGUUACCUCCGAACGACGCCCGCCCUUCUUGGGGCUAUAGGGCCACCCAGUUCCUGCGCGAUUACUUAUCUGCCGGAGACGUAAAGAUUAUCCUACAAGGAUGCGACCUUCACAUUCACGCUGGCGCUAUGUACCGAGGACGGUUUCUGAUUCAUCUUUGGGCAGGUAGAGACGGCGCUGGACAGUUGAGAGUGGUCAGACAAGAGGAUGUCGAGUAUGUCACCAACUUGGUCGCGAGCCUGAAGGAGGAUCCUCUCAUACAUACCAACCAGAUAGAGUGGAAAGUUUAG